GCGCGUGUAAUAAAGGAACUAUAUUGGGUAAAAACUUGGCCACAAAAAUUUGUAGAAAGUCAUGAUGCAUAGGUUAGACAAAUCCCUACUUGGAACAUCUUCCCGCCACAUUUGCACUCUUUCAACGCUCAAUCUCAAUUCCAUGAUUAACACCUGCCUCGAUGAAAACCGCACAAACCAUGCACGUAAACUGUUCGAUCAAAAUCCCUCGUCCCGGAACGUCGUCACGUGGAACACUGUGAUCGCUGGGUACGUAAAAAGCGACCAAAUGCAACAUGCGCAGGACUUGUUCGAUCAAAUGCCCAUGAAAGACGUGGUUUCGUGGAACACCAUGCUAUCGGGUUUGCAGAAGACCAAAAACCCAGAAGGAGUGUACUUAUGCCUUUUACAAAUGGGAAGAGUUGGUUUGAGACCGAAUGAGUAUACUGUGUCGACAGUGAUUAGCGCGGUUUUGGACUCUGUGUUCAAUGUAUUAGUCUCACAGGUUCAUGCUCGUGCUGUCUGUUUGGCACUUAAUAUGAGCGUGUUUGUUGGGUCAGCGUUGAUGAGAGGAUAUGCGAAUGUGGGGGAUCGGGUGGGUUUACAGAGAGGGUUUGAUGAGAUAUUGGUGAAAGAUGUUACGUCAUGGAAUGCGUUAGUUUCGGGAUAUAUGGAAUUGGGUUGCUUGGUUGAGGCUCAGAGAGUCUUUGAUGGGAUGCCAGUAAAGAAUGUAGUUUCUUGGACUAGUUUGGUAAGUGGGUAUAUUGGCAAUAAGAGGAUAAACAAAGCUCGGUCUGUUUUCAAUAACAUGAGCGAAAGGAAUGUGGUUUCGUGGACUGUAAUGAUAAGUGGGUAUGUACAAAAUCAAAAAUUUAUGGAUGCAUUAAAGCUUUUUAUCCGGAUGUUGAAAUCGGGGAAUCGCCCUAAUCAUUUUACGUUGUCUAGUGUCUUAGAUGCAAUUGCUGAGUGUUCUUCUCUUAUCAUGGGACAACAAGUUCAUUCUAGCAUCUUAAAGUCCAGCACACCAGGUGAUGUUAUCUUGUCAACCUCAUUGGUUGAUAUGUACGCAAAAUGUGGGGACAUUGAAGCAGCGUUUAGCCUUUUUGAGUCCAUGCCAAAGAAGAAUUUGGUGUCAUGGAAUUCAAUAAUAGGAGGUUAUGCCAGGCAUGGAUUAGCAACAAGAGCCCUUGAGGAGUUUGAAAGAAUGAUAAAGAGUGGUGUUAGGCCUGAUGAAGUUACAUUUGUCAAUGUGCUAUCAGCGUGUGGGCAUGGGGGACUGAUUGAAGAAGGUGAAAAGUACUUCUACUCCAUGGGGGAGUACGCUGUAAAAGCAGGAGUGGAGCAUUAUGCUUGCAUGGUGGACCUCUAUGGGAGAGCAGGUAAGCUGGAGAAAGCAGAGAAAUUGAUCAAGAGGAUGCCUUGUGAGCCUGAUGUUGUUGUGUGGGGUGCAUUGCUUGGCGCAUGUGGCUUGCAUUCAAGUUUGGAACUUGGUCAGUUUGCUGCUGAGGGAAUUUCCAAAUUGAAAAUUGAUCAUCCUGCAGUAUAUUCAAUGCUUUCAAAGAUCCACAGUGAAAAGGGAGUAUGGAGCAGUGUGAUUGAGUUAAGGGAAAUGAUGAAAGAGAGGCGUGUUAAUAAGCAGAAGGCAGCUAGUUGGGUUGAGUCUCCUUUCGGUGUAAGAUGAACAAAAUGACAGAGCAAUACUUCUGUUAAAGACAUCUUAGUUACCAAAUUAUUCAAUUAAAGAUCUUUCCACUCUUCAAAAUCU